UUAUAAUCUAGAUGAGAGGAUGAUGUGAUCUUACAAAAUGAUGAAAUGUUUAUUGUGACUGAAUAAGUCGCGACUUAAAGAAGAUAUUAAACUUUUAAUUUCAAUAUUUUAAGAAUUACAAUGAGAAAUUAUGAACAAAAGUGGACAAGAUAUACAGAUAUGAAUUUCAUUUGUCAUCUGAGUCUUACGACGUGGAAUUCUUUACAAAUACAAAAAUUUAGAUAACAAACAUAUAAGACACAUCACCUAAUACAAUAUUUAUUUAAAUCACUCAUUUCAACAAACAUAUGCUGUGGAGCUCUUACAUGAUCACCCAACAUCAACUGAGCUGAGAUCUACCAAGCACUUAUCACUUUACCCCCACUACUAACAGACUGUAAUACGACAUGCGAUAGACAGACGAAAAAAAUAUAACAAACCAGAUGAAGAUUCAAAUGUAAUACUGAUAGUUUAAAUUAUUAACUUCUGUCAACUAUGGCUUAUUUUUUAUAAAAAAGAAAACCAGAAUACCCUCUUAAAAGAAAUUUAGUUCUGUUUAGUUAUGAAAAUUAUAAUCAAUACAGAACAAAAAUGAUGGAAGUGAGUUGUUAUUGGGAACAGCAGAGAACCUACAUGUGACAAACUUGGAUCAUCAGAAAGCAACUUCUCAUCACCGAAGUGUGAUGCAGCUCGUCCUUCCUCAAAAAAUUUCUCCUUAACAAUAUUUUUAUAGUAAAAACACAUCAAUUGUUCAGCUAUCCGACGUAACCAGACCAAUCAAUGAACAUAUGAUAACUCAUCUUUUUAAUCUCUUUGUAUUAGAGACUUGAAAAAGGGAGAAUAUUUGUAAAUUGUGUGGUAGACUUAUCAGGGGCUGUUAUAUCUACAAUUAGGUGACUUAUAAAUCCUCAGUUUUUAAAUUCUAAUAAUAUUUUGAAUAGUAUUUCGAGUAUUCUAAUAUUUUCUGGGGACAACAUCAAGGACAUUGGUCAUCUGCCAAUCAGAUCCCUGGUGUUCAUUACAAAAUGGAGUAUAGUAUAUUUACCACAAGUGUACAUCAUUAAACUAUUUACAUGGAGUUCUCAGUUUGACAUUCAUAACAUCCCACAUGAUAGUAUUGACACGGGUUCAUGAAGGAAAAGCUGGCAAUCCACCUAUAUCAGACUCGCAAUGAAUAUGAUGGUAAGGAUCUAGAUAUAUAAUGCCGACCAGAUGGAGCUUAGCUUGCCACGUACAGGACAUCUCUCUAAGUGAUGAUAACAGAAUGAGCUCUCAGUGAAAUACAUUGUUGAAUGAGAUACGAAAUAUUUCAGAAUCGUUAGAUAUUUAAAUCUCACUGCCUUGUUUGUGUUUAUUUUAAAUAAGGUUUUUUUGUAUUUUAUUUUGUUUAUAAGUUAAGCUCUGCGACAACAGAUUAUAAUUUAAUUAUGUACUCUGUUACUGCUCUGUAACAUUUGUUUUAAUUAUUUACAAUGUCCUUUUAUUGUAGUGUAGAGAGACAAGACGAGCCUUCAUAUCAUUAGUUGCCAAAGUCAUAUGUUUUAUUAUAUAAGUAAUGUUAUUGUGUACUUUAGGUAGUGAUAAUAAAUAUUUAGUUCAUUUUUGUGUGAAAACAUACUUUAAAGAGGUUUUAUUAUAUGAAAAACAUACUCAUAUUAAAUUAAAUCAAAACUUUUUACAAUGAAGUAAAGAUACAUUCGCAUAUACGCUAUCUAGUGAGCUUGUGCACAACUACUAUUGGUAAUAUUCAAGUCGUAAUCACUCAAUACCACUUGCAGAUAAAACAGAUGUAUUCACUUUAAUACUUGAAGUGGUUCAAUAGGGAAGGUAUUAUAUAUUCUUAGAAACAAAAUCGAUUUUUACAAAAUAAUAUUAGAUAUAUUUCACUGUUAAUCUAUUGAAUUUACACAAAACUAGAAACGAGUUUAAAUAAAUAAUUUUCAACUAUCUCGACUUAAACAUAUCGUGAGAUGAAUACUGAAUGUAACACAAACGACAGAUUUAAACACUCCGGAAAACGAUCGGUGAAUCUAUCACACCGACGCGCGCUACGAACGAAAAGGAUCCUGAUCUCUUGUGACAGCUGUUUAUAUGUCGUUCAUCCUCUCGUACUCUGUUAUAUCCGUACAAUAUUAUACUUCGGCUACCAGGCGGGCGUGUGGCAGAACCUCCUCGCCAAGGGCACCAUAGACGUGCAAUACCCCGCAGCCUUCAAGCUGGCUGUGGUGUUGAGACACACCCCCGCCGAGCUCACGGCGCGUCUCCUCGCGGACCUCUUACAGCUACACCCGCAGUCUCACGAUCUGACGUCCUAUAUACUGGCGUUGUUGACCGACGACGAGGCCUGGUGCGGCAGCUGCGGGUCCUCGGGAAGCCUGCCAGAGCCGGUGGGGAGCGGCGCCUCCGUCCGCGACGUCCAGCUCUUCGGGGACUGCGAGCUGGCUGUACUGGCGGCGAGGAGGGAGGAGUACGAGGCUCACGCUAAACUGGUCAGGGCCGAGUACGCCACGCUCACACACAAGAACUACGUGGAGCUCAGGCUUAAGGUGUUGAACCAGUUGUCACAGAUUCCGAAGCUUUAUCACACCCCUGAGUUUGAAAAUCUGGAGCCGAUAGCCAGGGAGAACAUAGAGAGGGAAAUAUCAACACUGAGGGAACAUCUGCUGACGGGACAACAUGAGUAGUAUGGAACAACCAGGAGACAAGACGGAAUAGUGUUGUUAAUGUAUGACCGACGUACUCCAUACAUAACAGACAGUUUGGGAUAUUCACAUACUGAAUCUGACUGAUAUCACUACACUUCCUGAGACCUUACCGAGUAACAUAGUACUGUGAGGAAAUAGCAUAGACUAGUUGGUCCCGCGGUCAGUUAAUACUAACAUACUUUAAAUGAAAAAUGUUAUAUGUGAAAAUUUUAUUCAACUGCAACUGUUGAGGAAUUAUAUGAUAUUGGAACAGAAUUUAUAAAAUACAUAACUACGGUUAGUAGAAAAACAAUAGGCUAAAAAUGUUCAGCUCAGCAAUGAUCCAUAUCCCCAAACAAGUCUGAAGCCAGGCCGUCCCUGGCCCGUCGGUUGUAUAUUGCGACAACGCUAACUCAUUAUUUUACGUGAACCGCACAUUCAGUUUCUAUAAAAACAAGCAAAAUCAUAAGGAUCUCUUAGUUUGGUAUUUUUUUUGCGACUGUCCUCUAGUAUUAAAAUGUUUUAUAUCGUAAAUUAAGAUCAUCACAUGUUUGUGUACAUCUUUCUGUCGAUGGGUUUUUUAUAUGUUUUACAUAACAUGCGACAGAUGUCGCUGGUCUAGCUUCACGUUGGAUGUAUCUCAUCAUAUCUCAUCGUAUCUCAUCGUCACCUGUAAAUACGCUUCAUGAGUAUGGACAGCACCUAACUACUACAGUCACGGCGCAUUCUAAGUUUUAAUCAAAUUAGACGGAAUGCGGUCGCUCGUCACUUAUAAAUAACAUUACCCACAUACCUAACUUAAUAAUCAUGUAACCGUUUUAACUCUUUCCCUUAUAACGUGGCGGCAUUUACGAUGUCCAGUGUAACCUUAGACUUGUACUGUCAGUUUGAAACUGCUUCUCCUCGACAUUGUUCACAAACAAUACACGAGGAGGAGCAGUUUGGAACUUGUGUCUACUAUUAACAAUAAUGUACUCCUAAAAUAUUUAAAUACUUAUAAUAAACGUCUUUUAAACCUUUUAUACGUUAGGAUGUAUGUGUAGUUGGAGUUAUUGUAUAACAAUGUACUCGUGUAUUGGUGUCUCAAGUAGGAGUUAGUCCUACGGCUUCAAUUCAUAUAGAUGUUUUAUAAUCUAACGACAACCGAGAUUGGAGCGGCUUGGAAAGAAUUUAGGACGCCGAAGAAUUACAGCAGGAAUUAGACCGGAAACGAAAAAAUGGCGUCUGAUGCUGGAAAAAUAUUACAAGAUAGAAUGGAAAUAAAAACAGUCUCGAUUGACAUAUGUUACUCUUAAUGAAUGUAUUUCAAAUAGUUACUAUUUGUAUUUACUCUGAAGCAUAAUAAACAUUACUGUGGUCUGAAAA